ACCAGGAUUGAAGACCACUGCUAUAGAUCUAUUGGGGUGCAGGCAGCAUAGACUGGAUUGAGGCACAGAUUGCAAGACUUUCUGACAAUCAUAAUGUACGAAUAGAAACGAAAUAAUGUUGAUGUUUCUGCUUAUGACAAAGAGAGAACACCUCGACAUACCUGUCAUGAUCGCGGCCCAGGUGAAUUUUUUCCGAACUCUUACGUUUCCUUUGGCUAUCCUCACGUCGCAAAGUCUAACAUUGAUAAAUAAAAUCAUAAAUUGAAACAUUACAGAAUGUACACCGAUUUCAGAUGUUGAAUUUAAGCCUUAUUAUAACUUCUCACCUUUUCAUCGUUUUCACUGCAGGUAGAUGAUAAUCUCUUCGAUUCUUUCUUGUUCUUUUUUGACUUCUUUUUUGACUUUUUAUGCAUAUUUAGUAUACGUCCCUGUUUAGACGAAAGAAGGCAACACCACAACCAUGAAAAACUAACUAAGAAGACCGCAAUUGAAACUGGAGAAUGUUUUGGAGAGGAUUAUUCAUGUCUUGAGGUGAAGGCGAUAUUAUCAUCCUCAGUGUAAAGUAAAGUGAUUUGUAUUGCAGCGAGACUGUUAAGGACAAGUCUCUGCUGGUUAUCUCUUUUCGCAAGUUGUAUCUUUUCCGAAGAAGUGUAUACCUUAAAUGGAUCAAAUGGAAACCGGGUAAAGGAAGCUAAGUAUGCUACAUAGCAACAGUCACCACCACCACGUGUGGUCUGUCUCUUUUACACUUUCUUCCUCAAAUACAGUGUUACGUAGAAUUAGCUAGAUAACCACGCAGUACGGUGCAGUAGCCAAGUCACAAUAACAUAUAAUCAUUGUCAGUUGGCAAAACCUAGUUUAAACAGUAAAAACACGCUCACCUGAGUGCACAAGAGAAAAUUUGACAGCUGCUAGUAAACAAAACAUCCGUACUACUAGUCACGUGGAACAGAUUUUGAUCAGGAUUCAUGGGAUUUGUAGUUUCGUUUUUGGUUAAAUUCAGUUCUGUUUUAACUUCCAUGCAUCAUUCAUUGCAAAUGUACAUUUUAUUGAUUCAAUGUAUAUCUGCAACUAGUCUUUUGUUUUUACAAAACACUGUUAUCAUUCACUACACAAUAGUCGCCGACAAAAUAACAGGACUUAAGAUAAACUACAAUGUACGGAUUUUACGUAGCUGUGUGGCGUAGAAAGCGGCGCCUACGAAUUUUUGUCGAGUAAAAUGGCAGAGCUCAUGAAAGGCGACGCAGGACAACUACACCAGGGGGACGUCGAUAUAAAGGGUGGUGGUGAAGAUCCACGCACACUUGUGGAGCACCAAGCAGAUGAGACUGUCUCCUCUGUUGGCACUGAGAUGAAGGCUGAGGCCGUGGAAGUGGGAGACAGCGAUGCCAAGACGUCAACAACAACCAUCGAGAGACAUCUCUCUAUUCAGACCAAACUGGAAGGGCUGGAGGUGCUUGUUGAUCUUAAUGGCGCUGGGAGAAAGUCCUGCCCACUCUGCCCUGAGGAGAAAUUCAAGGCCUGCUACAGCCACAAACUCAGACGCCAUCUUCAGAACCUCCACUGGAAAGUCUACGUGGAGUUUGAGGGUCAACGAAUGUGCAUUUGUCACUUGCCCUGUCGACAACUGAAGCCCAACCUCAAUGGAGACCAGGCUUCAGGAAGGCUGGUGGCCCACUACCACUGUGUGGUGUGUUCAGUCACCAUUGCCCGUAAGACCGACAUGAUCAGCCACCUGAAGCGCCACGUGAACAAGGGAGAGACGGAGGCCAGCUACUCCAGCAGUUCCGACAUGCCCUGCGAGGAGCCAGCUUCCUCUGGACAGGCCUAUGAGAUCAUGAAGGAGCUGGGAACCAAUGUGCAGCUGCUGCCCAACCACACCACCCCUCAGAAGACCGACACAUACUUCAACCGCAAGAUGAAGACUAACAGGCAACUUGUAUUCUGUGCCCUAGCAGUUUUAGCCGAGGAGAGGAAUCCAUUGGAGUGUCUAGAUGCGUUUGGAGCCACAGGCAUCAUGGGUCUCCAGUGGGCCAAGCACCUACGGAACGCCGUCAAGGUGACCAUAACCGACAUCAACGAUGCGUGCGUCAAAAUGAUCCGCGAAAACUGCCACCUGAAUCACAUCCGUGUGGAAGGCUCCCGGGGUCCCCGGACCCCCGACGUACCUGACGUAGAGGGGGUGCCCAUCGCCACGGUGGAGGUCACCAAGAUGGACGCCAACGUGAUCAUGCAUCUCCGCCCCUUCGACUACAUACACCUGGAUCCGUUCGGCACGGCGGUGAACUACCUGGAUGCGGCGUUCCGGAACGUGCGGAACCUCGGCAUCAUCUCCGUGACGUCCACGGACACCGGCUCGCUCUACUCCAAGUCCCUGAACGUCACCCUGCGUCACUACGGCUGCCAGAUCGUCAGGACGGAGUACUACAGGGAGCUGGCGGCGCGGAUGGUGCUCGCCACUGUGGCCCGGGCGGCGGCUCGCUGCAACAAGGGCAUCGAGGUGCUUCUGGCCGUGGCUGUGGAGCACUUUGUCCUGGUGAUAGUCCGGGUGCUCAGGGGCCCCACGCAGGCAGACGAGUCAGCCAAGAGGAUGCAGCACCUCAUCCACUGCCAGUGGUGCGAGGAGAGGGUCUUCCUCAAGCAAGGCAGCAUGGUGGAGGAGAGCCUGUACAGACAGCUGCCCUGCAACUGUCAUGGUAGCAUGCCUGGCAAGACCGCUGUGGAGCUGGGGCCCCUGUGGUCAGGGCCUCUGUUUAACUCUGGCUUCCUAAGGAGAAUGCUGUUUGCAGCUGUCCAGCACAGCAUGGAGGACGUCCAGGCUCUGGUCAAGACUCUCAUCUGUGAGUCUGAGUGCACCACCCUGAAGUCCUCCGUCCACGGAUCCUCCACCCUCGUCAACCAAGUGGAAUGUGGCGUUGUCAUCAAGACGUUACAGAAGGUCGAGGACUCUGGAUCCUCUGACCAGACAGGAAAGAGGAAGUCAGGGGAUGAGCCUGGUAAUGUUGUAAAGAAACUGAAGUCCGAGGCGUCUCUGGAACAUCCAGGGUUCUACUACAGCAUCCACCGCCACAGUAUCCGAGGCAUGAACAUGCCCAAGUUGAACAAGUUCCUCCAGUACCUGACAGAGGCAGGGUUUCGAGUGAGCAGGACUCAUUUUGACCCGACCGGGGUUCGGACCGAUGCCACCCUGGAGCAGUUCAAGUCUGUGCUCACCAAGUACAGCGUGCCCACUUACACCAACACCCCGGCCGGGCAGGCGGGCCUUGGGACCGAGCAGGCUGGGAGGGGGGCGGACUGAUCCAUCCCAGCUGGGCAGGGGGGCGGACUGAUCCAUUCCGACCCGGGGGAAAUCUGCUGGAUCAGAACCAAAGAGUUCUGAUAGCACUGAUUACAUGCACCUAUCUGUUUAACUUCCCAAUUGGUGUACCUUUUUACCCUUUCUCGUGGGAGGGUGACGGUGGUAUUGAAACCAAAUCAAAAUCAACAACUUCUUCCAUUGUCUUGAUGUCUGUCAGUGUUAACCAAACUGAGCCUACAGAACAAAACCCAUUGAUAUUUAUUUGUUUUGGCGUGACAGUAUGCUCCGGAAUAUUUUUUUAGUUGCAAAUUUGAGUUAUCUUGAGUGGGCAGAACUUUUUAGCUUCUUUUUUUUGUUUGUACAUUUGUACUCUGUGUUAUAAAAUAGUUAUUAAAAUGUUCACAUUUGUGUGCCUAUU